AUGUCGUCUCCCUCAACUCCACGACUUCUCUCUCUUUCAUUCUCUCUCUUUCAUUCUUUCUCUUUCACUCUCUCUCUCUUUCACUCUCUCUCUUUCAUUCUCUCUCUUUCCCACUCUCUCUCUCUCUCAUUCUCUCUCUUUCAUUCUCUCUCUUUCACUCUCUCUCUCUUUCAUUCUCUCUUUCAUUCUUUCUCUUUCACUCUCUCUCUCUCUUUCAUUCUCUCUCUUUCAUUCUCUCUCUUUCAUUCUCUCUCUCUCUUUCAUUCUCUCUCUUUCAUUCUCUCUCUCUCUCUUUCUCGCAUUCUCUCUCUUUCAUUCUCUCUCUUUCACUCUCUCUCUCUCUCUUUCAUUCUCUCUCUUUCAGUCUCUCUUCUCCGCCACCACUUUCUCUCUUUCUUUUCUGAUCCUUUUCUGUCUUGGCCUGUAUGCAUUGUCGAUCCUCCUUUCUUUGCUUUCACUUCUCAUGUCAAAUGGACAGCAGACAUCUAUCAGUCUUUUUUAUCUUCUCCAAAUGAAUACUUUCUUCUUCUUUUUGAUCACAAUUUCAUAAUACCUGCCACUUACAUACAAGCCCGUCCCUUUUACAUAAUUUCCAAUGAACAGUGCCAGCAACUUUAUCCUGCUUCUAUUUCUUAUACUCAUUCUGAGCCAUAG